GGUCGGGGUGCACUUCUUGUGAUUGACAAGAAGUCAAUGUUUGUCUUGAUACCUUACUUUUACGCGUCAACUAGAUGAGUGGUAGCCAUACUUACACGCGAGCCGGUUCCAUCUAUCAUUUCCCUCAAUCAUAACACGCCUUCCGCGGGUUACAAUCAUGGCUCCGAUUUCUCCAAGCUCUCUAAAGCGAUCAACCCCGUCGCAAAGCGACGACGAUAUGAUGGAUGGCCCCGCAAGCAAGAGGAAAUGUGUCGAAUCGAGUCUCCCUCAAUCAUCACAGCGCGAUGAGCAGCCAUUGCCAAACCUUCCAACCAGAGCACUUUUUGACGAUGAACCGCGGCAGCUUCUGUUACGAGCAGUCGCACUCGCUCUGGAUCAUGUGGGGUUCGAUGGAGCUUCUCCAGAAGCCAUGGAGGCCAUGUGCUCCGAAAUUGACACAUACGCCACGCGGUUCCUUUCCCAGGUGACCUCGUCUAUGCUCAACGCUAGACGGUCACAAUCUACUCCCCUCGACUUCAAAUACGCCCUCUCUCGGUUUGAUUUACCAAUCUCAUCUUUAGAGCCGCAUCUCAAACCUCCAAUACCUGCGUCGAAAUCGCAAGUCCAGCUUGAGCUAGAGCCAGUGGAGGAACAGAAAUUGGGGUCUCAACUUCUAUUAUUAGGAGAAGAGCUCAAUGGCGAAUCAGAUAAAAGGGCUAAGCCAUACAUCCCGAAACGAUUCCCAGCUUUUCCAAGUAAACAUACAUACAAGUGGACGGAGAAGGAAUCUGAGCGCGAGACGAACCCGAGGAAGAUUAGGGAGGAGGCUGCCAAGGUUGCCAGACAGGGUGAAGAGGCAUUACGCCGUCUGAACAAAUUCAGCAAAGUUGGGAAGGAUAAGGACAUCAAAAGAACAGCGGAAAAAGAUCCGAAGAGCAAGGAGAGGCACGAGUUGUGGGAGAUGACAAUGGGUACUCUCCUGACUGGCAGAUCAGCGGCUCCAAAUGGUGCAUCCGGUAAGGACAAGGACCAUAGUCUGAUUGUGAAUUCAGAGCGUCGGCAUUUCAGGAAAGGUGUUCCAAGGAAGAAAACGGGUACUUUACCGGCAGACACAGUUCGGAUUGAUAUUUGAAGGCGUAUCAGGGCUAGGUCGUUGGGAUUUGCUGCAGUUUAGCGCGGAGUCUUGGAGGGAUUGUCAGAGAUAGCAUGCGGUUCUUUGGGCAUAGUGGACAGUUCUGCUUAAUGUAGCUAUAUGGU